AAGCGAAAGCCUCCAAAGCCAACCAGACAGAUUAAAGCUAAAACAGCACUACAUUUGAUUCAUAAACAGAAAAGUUUAGCUUUUAAAUAUAUAAUAUAGGAAAAGGGUAAAGCAAAAACGGCCCACUGUUUCUAAUGUGGUGUUGUUGGAAGCCAUGGAUUCAACCAACAGAAAUACGCGCUUUGGAUCGAGCUCCCUGACGUUGGGAGAGAGAAUCUGUGCGGCGUUCAUCCCAUUAGUUGCAGUAGUCGAUUUCUUUAUCUUCGUGGUGGCUAAUUGUUUCCACUGUCAGCCUCGUCGCGAGAAAUGCCGUUAUGGGCCCUCAGAUUUUACCCGUCUUGCCAAUGAAUCCCGAUUUACUGUGAAUGAAGUGGAGGCAUUGUACCAACUGUUCAAGAAGUUGAGUAGCUCACUCAUUGAUGAUGGGCUGAUUCACAAGGAAGAGCUUCAACUAGCAUUGUUCCAAACUCCAUACGGCGAGAAUCUUUUUCUUGACAGGGUUUUUUAUCUUUUUGAUGAAAAGAAAAAUGGUGUGAUUGAAUUCGAGGAAUUCAUCCAUACUCUUGACAUAUUUCAUCCAUCUGCCCCUAUAGAAGAUAAAAUUGAUUUUGCAUUUAGGUUGUAUGAUCUGAGACAAACCGGCUUUAUCGAGCGGGAAGAAGUUAAGCAAAUGGUGGUUGCCAUUUUGAUGGAAUCCGAGAUGGUACUGUCAGAUGACAUUAUCGAGUCUAUCAUUGAUCAAACAUUUGCCGAUGCCGAUGCUGACAAAGAUGGAAGAAUUGGCAAAGAAGAAUGGAAAACAUUCGUCCUUCAACAUCCUAGCCUCUUAAAGACCAUGACUCUUCCUCAUUUAAAGGACAUUACUACCUUGUUUCCCAGUUUUGUUUAUUACACUGAACUUGAAGAGUUGUAACACGGAAUAUUUUACACCGAAAUGCGAUAUAUGGAAGCACCAGCGGCAAGGGCUUUCGAUUAUAGCUAUUGGUGUGGCAUCUAAUAUAUAUAUAUAUGUAUGUAUGUGUGUAUAUAUAGGUGUGUAUUUAGCAACUAUGUUGUCCAGUAGAAAGAUUUUCAAGUUGAGUGCAUUUUGUAAGUAGCUUGUGAAGGAUAAUUCUCUUUUUUCUUGUAUAAAGAAAAUGGUUACUCCA